AUGGCUUCUUUAAUCCCCCGUCAGUUUCGCGCAGGCUCGCAGGAUGAAGCACCCGAACCCAGCUGGUUGAGAAACAAGAUAACCAGCACUCUACAAGCCGUAGCUCGUCGUGCCUGCGCCCAUCCCAUCCACACAAUUGGUGUUAUCGCUCUACUUGCCAGCACUACCUAUGUCGGUCUUCUUGAAGGAAGUAUUUUUGAUGCUAAAGGUGGAUCGGGUCAGCUCGACCCUGCAUCUUUGUUGCAUGGAAGCCGCAAUUUGCGUCUCGGAGAAAGCACUGCCUGGAGAUGGCAGUUGGAGGACAAGGUGGUCUCCGACCCCAGCGAGAUUACCCAACACUUGGCCCUGACCACUUUCGUCUUUUCCGAUUCGACCUCGUCCAAUACUCCCACCAUUGACGACAUUCCCAUCCCAGAAAAUGUCUCUGCUGUCCACGUUCCGCAAACACCCAACCUCUUUUCUUCCUUCUUGCGUGACUCAUCCAUCGCUCUUGCUGUCCCAUAUGACGAACUUCCCGACUUUUUGCGCGCAGUGCAGGAGAUUAACGACCCAUCAACCGAAGACGAUGGACAGGAGGCCCGCAAGUGGAUCAUGAAGGCUGCUCGAGGCGCAGGAUCUCGCCGUGCUUUGAAGCUCUAUGUCUCUGAUGCUUGGAGCUCUUUGGUUGAUUUAAUCAAGCAUGCCGAAACCAUCGACAUUGUCAUUAUGACCCUGGGGUACAUCUCCAUGCAUCUCACCUUUGUUUCGCUUUUCCUUUCGAUGAGACGCCUUGGCUCGCAGUUCUGGCUUGCAUUUUCUGUCCUCCUCUCCAGCGUGUUUGCGUUCUUGUUCGGUCUCUUGGUCACCACCAAAUUGGGCGUUUCAAUCAACAUGUUGCUACUUUCCGAAGGUCUUCCCUUCCUGGUUGUUACAGUAGGCUUUGAAAAGCCUACCCUUCUCACCAAGGCAGUGUUGUCAGCAUCUUUGAAGAACAAGGCUGUUGCCAAUGGAAACAGCCACUCUUCCAGAUCUAUUCAAGACUCGAUCGAGACGGCUAUCAAGGAAGAGGGCUUUGGUAUCGUUCGCGACUACCUUAUCGAAAUUACCGCCUUGGUUAUCGGUGCUGUCUCCGGAGUGCACGGUGGCCUUCGUCAAUUCUGCUUCCUGGCCGCUUGGAUUCUAUUCUUCGACUGCGUUCUUUUGUUCACCUUCUAUACCUCAAUCCUCCUUAUCAAACAAGAAGUCAACCGUAUCAAGCGACAUGUUUCGAUCCGAAAGGCCCUUGAAGAAGAUGGUGUUUCUCGCCAAGUUGCAGAGAACGUGGCUGCGAGCAACGAUUGGCCACGAGCUGAUUCUGGCAACAGCAAGGAUGGCCAGACUGGCAAACUAUUCGGCAAGAAGGAUCAGGCCGGCAGUGUUUCCAAAUUCAAGCUUUUCAUGGUUGGAGGCUUUGCGCUCGUGAACGUGAUCAAUCUCGUGUCCAUUGGUUUCAGACAACCUGAUCAGGAGAACUCUCUUCCUGUUUUGUCGAGAUUCUCAAACGUGCUCGCUUCGGCCCCUAUUGAUCCCUUCAAGGUUGCGGACAACGGUUUGGACUCUAUCUACGUGACUGCGAAGAGCAACAAGCUAGAAACUUUGGUUACCGUUCUGCCACCCAUCAAAUACAAGCUUGAGUAUCCUUCCGUGCACUACGCAGACUCUGAGCACACCGGCAACUUUGACAUCGAAUACUCGGAACAGAUCCUAGACGCCGUUGGUGGAAAAGUUCUGGAAAGUCUUUUGAGAAGCGUCGAGGACCCCGUUAUCAGCAAAUGGAUCAUUGCAGCCUUGACUCUCAGUAUCGUCCUCAAUGGUUACCUGUUCAAUGCCGCCCGAUGGGGUAUCAAAGAACCCGAGGCCGAGGUUCCCAAAGCCGCUCCUGUCGUUGAAGCUCCUAAGGUCCUGGUUGAAUACAAAGAUGAUGGCACGAAGCGAACCAAGGAAGAAGCCGAGGCCAUGGUGAAAGAGAAGAAGGCUUCUUUGUUGAAUGAUGAAGAACUCAUUGAGUUGUCAUUGCGCGGUAAAGUCCCUGGUUAUGCUCUCGAAAAGGCCAUGACCGAUCAGCCUAUCAUGUCUCGCGAGGACGCUUUCGUUCGAGCCGUCAAGAUCCGCCGUGCCGUCGUCUCACGCACUCCCGCUACUGCGGCUGUUGCCAGCUCCCUGGAAACAUCACUCGUGCCAUACAAGGACUACAACUAUACUCUUGUUCAUGGAGCAUGCUGUGAAAACGUCAUUGGAUAUCUCCCUCUCCCUCUUGGUGUUGCUGGCCCGAUGGUUAUUGAUGGACAAAACUACUUCAUCCCUAUGGCUACUACUGAAGGUGUUUUGGUUGCCAGUACCAGUCGAGGUGCCAAGGCAAUCAAUGCUGGUGGUGGUGCGGUCACUGUGGUUCAUGGCGAUGGUAUGACUCGUGGUCCUGGUGUCAGCUUCCCUACACUUACUCGCGCUGCUGAAGCCAAGACCUGGCUUGACUCUGAAGAGGGAGCAAGCAUUAUGAGAACCGCUUUCAACUCAACCAGUCGUUUCGCCCGUCUUCAGCACCUCAAGACAGCUUUGGCCGGUACUAACCUCUACAUUCGAUUCAAAACCACGACCGGUGACGCUAUGGGAAUGAACAUGAUUUCCAAGGGUGUUGAAAAGGCCCUUGAAGUAAUGGCGAAUGAAUGUGGAUUCGAUGAUAUGAAUGUCAUUUCUUUGUCUGCCAACUACUGUACCGAUAAAAAGGCCGCUGCUAUCAACUGGAUUGAUGGUCGUGGUAAGUCUGUUGUUGCCGAGGCUAUCAUUCCCGGCGAUAUUGUCAAGUCUGUUUUGAAGAGUAGCGUCGAUGCCAUGGUGGAACUGAACAUUAGCAAGAACUUGAUUGGAAGUGCCAUGGCUGGUAGUCUUGGUGGUUUCAAUGCUCACGCAUCCAACAUCGUUACUGCUGUCUUCCUGGCUACGGGACAGGAUCCUGCCCAGAAUGUUGAGAGCAGUAACUGUAUCACGCUUAUGAAGAACCUUGAUGGAAACCUCCACAUAUCCGUGUCCAUGCCUUCUAUUGAAGUCGGUACCAUCGGAGGUGGCACCAUCCUCGAGGCUCAAUCUGCCAUGCUCGAAAUGCUCGGUGUCCGGGGACCCCAUCCCACCAACCCAGGUGAAAACUCACGUCAAUUGGCUCGCAUUGUUGCCGCUAGUGUCUUGGCCGGUGAGCUCAGUUUGUGCGCUGCUCUCGCGGCCGGACAUCUUGUUAAAGCACAUAUGGCACAUAACCGCAGUGCGGCGCCCAGUGCGGCGCCAACACGCUCCUCGACUCCUGUUUCGGCUGCAGUAGGUGCUGCAACUGCACGAUCUAAAGUAGGGUUGAGUAUGACUACGGCUAGUAGGUAA